UGAGAGGCCGAAAUAUGAGCAGAUGUUGAAAGUUGACGUGCACAUAUUCAAAUUCGUAACUACGCUGACGCUUUCAGUGUUGCUGGAAGGCUUGUCUGAGAAUAAUGGCUUUCCAAAGGCGGUCGCAACAACACUUAAUCGGCCAAAGGAACUGAUAUACAUCAAGGGGGUAGGUUCAAUGUUUUGAACUUAAUAGUUUAUUGCUUUGCUCACAGUUGCUUGAAAGGAAAAUCUUUUCUAAACUGAACUGACAAACUUCCGUCCAGUCAACUAGUCGAUUGACAAAUUAAAAUUUAUGGAACAGCAAUUAAGACGCUAAAAUUUAAAUACUCAGUAUUUUUGAAACCUACAGCACACCCGCCAUUCUGACUCCAGUACUAUGUAUAAUCUAUAAUCUACUAUACUUUAAUUUUCUUCACGGAGGGUAUCUCUGCCUCGAGAGCUCUCUUCGAAGUUUAUUUCCAAUCAACAAAUAAUUAAUACACACGGUAUAUUUCCUGUCUUUUACGAAGCGCUGCAAAAUCUUUAAUAAAUCAACUACUUGUAAUCGCCAUGAAAAAUAGUUGUCAUUUUUAUGCGAAAGCGUUAAUGAGUUAACUCAAAAGCAUUAAAGUUGCUUGCAUGCAAAACCAAUAUCAUUUUUGAAAAAUUGAUUAAAGUGGAGAGGAUUCACGGACAAUUUAUUUUACCACGCAAUGUCUAAGGGUUUCUCGUCAACUUGCCAAGAGCGAAAAUGUCUUAAAAGGCAGAUUUCAAUCUUAUACUUUUCCUGAAAGUAAUCGAAAUUGAAAUAUUUUAGCUCAAGCAGUAUAUAAUCCAGUUCGUUUUACUUUUUAACAGGAAAGUUUAAGUUAAUGUGGAUCAGCGUCAGGUCGCUAGCACUUACCGCGUGAAAAAAUCGCUGUCUGACAACAGGUGCCAUUAUGAAAAGCUUUUUCCGGGCGAUAGCUGAUACCAGUUGUCAAAAACAUAGAACUGCAAGAAAGCAAGGAAACACAAAGGACUCCACCAGUGAUUUGAAUACAACAAUGGGAGCAUGUCUGGACUUGCAAAGCCAGGCCCCGAUUAAGAUUCUCCUUGUGCCAUGUGAAUCCCAGCCGCCUUCGUCCACAAGGUACUGGAUUAUAGACACGCGGCGAGGCAAAAUUCCUUUUCUGGGAUCAAGUAGGUGCAAGAUUUUUCAACAUAUGGGUAACAGAGUUACCGAGCCUUUUCAAGGACAGAUACUUACAAGAGAAGGGCGAACUAUUAUCAAAGGAAUUUUAGCCGAUGGAGCUAAUGAGGGAGAGUAUUUUGAGCUUGUAUUGUUUGCGGCAUCGUCGCGAGAACUAAAUGGAAAGCUAAAAACAUCUGGUAGCAAUGCAGCGUUUUGUGGUAUUCUUCAGCGAAGUUCGAGCGAGAAAUCGGGUUUAUUCGAAGAAACUCAUGACGCAUUUCUGCAUACUAUGGCAGAAAACUACGAGAUUCCUCAAAUGAAAACUGGAGUAAAAGCGGGACAGAAAAAAAUUUGCUCGUAAAUUUUUAGUUUAUGUAGGAAUUGAGUAACUAAUAUUAUAAGUAUCUUGCAGUUUACAUACUUUAAGGGCGUUUCUGUCUUUAUCCAAUAUCUGGUUGACAAUAUUGUACCUUGAUGUUCAGCUUACGUCAGAUCGGCAAACUUUUACUUUCUUGUUGACGUUCAGUGGAAAAUGUUUCAGUUCGACAUAAGAUGGAAGAGAAGCUACAGAAAACUCUGACAAAAACGUGACGUUUUCGACUUUGUCGCAUUCAGUCAGAUAGAAAAUGAGAAAUGUAUUGUCUAUAUAGGUUAAGGUGUUUGCAAAAUAGAGCACAUAGUUUAUUAGAAGUGUAGUUAACCAUAUCAACAAAGAGCGCUUUCAGUAUUCAAGUUAAAAUAUAUGAUAUAUUCACAGAGUAUGAAAGCGGAAGUCUGAC